UCUCUCUCUCUCUCUCUCUCUCUCUUUCUCUCUUAUGGCGUCCUUGUUCUGUUCCAUGAAAUUUUUGGUGGUCCUCUUCGUCAUAUCGGCGGUCCCAAUCGGCGUCCUGAUAUCACUGGAAACAGCGAAGCCAGCGAGCCACGUGUAUCACUACCACAGUUCAGGGUGGCUGAGGGAGUGCGCCAAGUGGGACGAUCUUAAUCGGCGAUUCCUGGUGGCUUUAUUUGAGGGCGGUGUGGCUGAGAUCCGGGUGCCGGACGAGGAUCCGAAACCCUUGGAGGAAGUUCCGGUGAUAAGAGAAGCUGAGUUGGCCGGAAACGCGUCCCUGGGUAUUGUAAUAGACCGGCCCAGGAAUCGUCUGAUGGUGGUGUUCGCCGACGCCUUCGGAAACCGGUACGGUGCACUCGCGGCCUAUGAUUUGACCACCUGGGACCGUUUGUUUCUCACUCAACUCACUGCCUCAGACGUGAAAUCCUUCGCAGAUGAUGUAGCAGUUGACGAAGAAGGUAACGCAUAUGUCACCGACGCCAAAGGAAACAAGAUUUGGAAGGUUGGGGUUAAGGGAGAAUUCCUAUCAACCAUAACAAGCCCACUCUUCAUUGCAAAAGAGUGGUACAAAAACUUGGUUGGCCUUAAUGGGAUUGUUUACCAUCCAAACGGUUACUUAUUAGUCGUCCACACUUUCUCUGGCAAUCUGUUCAAAGUCGAGAUCAGGAAACUAAAUGAAGUUAAAAUAAUUGAGGUGGCUGGAGGGCCAUUGUCAUUUGGAGAUGGGUUAGAGCUAUUCUCUCCCACUAAGCUCGUGGUAGCUGGGAACCCUUCGAGGAUGGUGGAGAGCUCUGAUGACUGGGAGACGGCCUCGGUUGUGAGCAAGUUCAAGGGACCUAUGCAUCGGAUAACGACUGCAGCGACGGUGAAGGAUGGGAAAGUGUAUUUGAACCAUAUAUUGGGGUUGGGAUACCCUAGGAGGAAGCAUGCCCUGGUUGAGGCAGUUUUUUCUAGUUAGAGAAAUAGGGGUAAGAUUAUGAAAACUUGUGUAAGUUCAAUUUUCCACAACCAUUGUUGGUUUUUGAAUGAAAUUUAUGUUGAAUUGGCUUUGGAAUGUAUUAGUGAAGAACAUUGUUGGUAUUUGAAUGAAGUUUGUUUCUGCCACCACUUCUUGGGUGAUCUGCACAGGUGAUCCAAAAUGGUAGGUUUGGUAAUAUUGCAAAA